AAAAGCAGGAGGGGUGUGCAUUUUUUCUGAGAGAUCAACUCUAAAAAAAAAAACGCAGCUACCUUUCAACUCUAAAAAAAAAAGCAGCAGAAUUCUAAGGAGAAAGGAAAAAUUAUUGAAGAGAAAGAAAAACUAUUAAAGAGAAAAUUUUUCCAGAAGCAGGGGGAGCUUACACCCCCCCACACCCCCCCUUUAGCCACGGCACUGAUGAAGUUUUCCACACAUAGCAUCAAUCCUAGAGGUCGCUCAUAGUCAUUUUCUGAUUUCGCAUAGUCGACUACCUACACCGUAGCGUUCCAUCUAACCAAGUGGAAAUGAGUUUCCCACCAAUGGAAUCGACCGUAGAGGGCACUCAUUAUCAUUUUCUGAUUUCCCAUACGUCGACUACCCACUACACAUCAUUUUCAUGCAACCAAGUUGAGAUAAGCAUUUCGACCAAUAGAACCGAUCCUAGAGUUCGCUCACACUCAUUUUGUGAUUCCCUAUAGUCGACUACCUGCUCCACAGCAUUUUCAUCGAAUCAAGUUUUGUGCUACUAGUUUGUGUGUCGCUAGUAUCUAGUCUGCGAACAAACAUACAUACAUACAGGCAUUUUAACUCGAUAAGACCCUUUCCUUUACAAUCAAGGGGAUAAUUCAUCGAGGUUUCUCAAACAAAACCCAAGCCCUACUCUGUUGACUUCAGGCGACAUUCAGCAAAAGUGUUUUUGGUGGCCGGUGUACUCUGUAAAAAAAGGUUUGUGCACGAAACCCAAAAGGGUAUAGAAGUGCAACCAUUUCUAAAUCUGUUGGUAGAGCAGUUGGAAAUAAGUAUUUGUAAAUCGAAUAUUGAAUUCAUAGCAGUUCUAUAUUCGAUUUACAUUUCUAAAUCCUUUUAGGUUUCGUAGAAGAAAAGGUAUGGUAUGAAACCGUUUUAGUGCAUAUAUUCUAGCAGUUUUUUUUCUGGGCAAGUGAACUAUUUCAAUAUCUUAGACAUAUUUCAUAGUAUAGGGCGGCGAGAACUGAGCCUGAAAAACACCUGAAACUUCCGUAAUUUUUGAUUUUUUGCGAGAAAAUCAUGAGAAAAAAAUAUAACACAAUAAGCAAAUGAUCGUUGUUUCAAUCCACUUAAAACAGUUUCGUACCGUACGUUUGCUUCUACGAAACCUAAAAGGGCUUAGGAAUAUUUCUCUAUACCCUCUUAGGUUUCGCACACGGCCUUGUCUUAAGAGAGUAGGGUAAGUGCACUCUGCACAUCACUAGCUUAUCACUUUCAGUAAAAGUGUUUUAACCUUCAAUUGAAAUAUUGUUUGGGGAUGCCGCAUUAUUUUGCGAGAGUGGGUCUGUGCUAUAAACAAACAUAUGUUCAUAGAAAUUAUAUAAGAGUGAUUUCUGUGAAUUUCUGCACUAUGAAUUUCGAUAUAUUCAGACUGUUUGACUAAAUGUUAAGCUUAAUAUUAAACUUUUUAACACAACUAACGGUGUUUAUCCUUUCGUUUCUGCCUUAAACUCAGAACGACUCAUACUGAACCGAAUCCUGCUGUGCUAUUAAGAGUAUUUAAUGAAGAUUUUUCCUAAAGGAUUUUAAGUGAAAAGCAGAGCAAAAGUUUUCUCCUUAUCAAAAAGUGUUCACAUUCAUCAUCACGUAGAUAUCAACAAAAAAAUACUUCUUGAUCCGUGCUGAGGAUGUUCAUACUUGUUUUAUUUUCUAUAAGGAUUAGGAAGUUACAGAUUCGGAAUUGUACGAUAUUGUGUUUUUCUUUUUCUACCACGACAACAACAAGUAAAAAUCGUUAGGCAAGGGGUGCGGACCUUUUUUUAUAAAAAUAUACUAUCAUUUUAGCUACAACAACCACAAAUGCUCCGUUUACUACUAUGAUUCUAUGGACAUUUGAUGGUGAUGCAAAUGAUUUUUCUGGUAUAUAUAAUGGUCAAGCGGUGAAUAAUCCAACUUACAUCUCGCCCGGUUACACAGGCUACGGGUCGAUGUUGCGUUUGCAAGGUGCAUUAAAUCAAUCUGUUGUAGUAACGACACCUGUUCUAAAUUUAGCUUAUACGAGUUUAACAAUGGAAGCAUGGAUAUAUCCAAUGAACGUUUCAUCAAAUGCUGAUGAUAGCAUCUUCUCACAAUGUCAAGCCCUUGCCACGGAUCAAUGCCUGCAUUUUGCAUUAGCAUCCGGCUAUUUACGUAUGAGAUUUUUUAAUGACGGAUCUCAAGGUGCUACACGGUUUACACCCAACAAAUGGUAUCAUAUUGCAUGUGUUUACGAUUAUACAUUAAGUGCACAAGUCGUCUAUGUUACCACACCGUACCAGAACGAUAUAUAA